UGGGAAUACAAGAGCAAAGUGGACGGAAAAAUGCAUGCUUGUGGCCACGACGCACAUGUUGCCAUGCUUCUUGAUUUCUCUAAGACAGUCAAUGAAGUCCACCCAAGCUUGAGUGAUCACUCCUUUGCUCAUUCCAAGAACUCUCAGGUCCUGGCUCUUAAAGGAUCUUAUCAUGGUGAUACUUUGGGUGCUAUGGAAGCACAAGCACCAUCAUCUUACCCAGGCUUCCUCCAACAACCAUGUUUCCUAGGCCAUGGAAGUGAUUCUAACGAAGCUACUCCUAGUGGUAAAAGUUGAAGAAAGGCAGAGGAAAAUUGGUGAUGAUGAAUGUACAUAUGGAUGACUUGAAGGAUAAUUAAGUAUAGGAAUUUUGAUGUGUUUAUUGUAAUUAGGCUUGCAGCUUGCAGCU